AUGCUAUGGCUCUUGAACUUCCACAGACAAAAGACUGGACUGAAGUCAAUAUCAACGAAAAGGUGCUUCGUAUCAUUGCCAUGGCCUCUGGCCGUGUCGUCGUCGGUCCUGAAUUAUGUCGCAACGAACAGUAUCUUGACGCGGUGGUCAAUUACAAUAUUGAUGUCAUGA